AUGUCUUGGAAUGAGUCGACUCGGUAUCAAAGGCCCACUCGACCCACGUACCUUCCACCCCACCUCCGCGAUCAGCCCCCCAUAACCGACUCCAUUUCCUCCUCGCCUUCCCGUUCGCCUCGAUUUGGCCGGGGACGGGGACGUGGGCGCGGUUCUCGAACUAGAGCGCCAAACCAGGACCGAUCAUGGGGCGGAGGAAGCGGCGGAGGCGACCGGUUCAGGGAAACCUUCUCCGACCCUGGCCCGGGUCCAUAUCCGUACUCUCAGUCUCAGGCACAGCCAUUCCGGUCUUCCGAGAGGUUUGAUGAGCUCGAGGUCGUAGAAGAGGGUCUUUCAAACGUCAACCUCGACGCUUACGACGAGACGCCGGUGGAGACCAGUGGCUUUGACGUUCCGCCUCCGGUGACGUCAUUUGCCGAUGUCCAUUUCAGCGCCGCGCUCAUGGAGAACAUCAAGCGCUGCAACUAUGUGAAGCCGACGCCCAUACAGCGCUACGCAAUUCCGGUGGCCAUGGCCGGACGGGACCUCAUGGCCUGUGCUCAGACUGGGUCCGGUAAAACAGCCGCCUUCUGCUUCCCAAUUAUUAGUGGGGUAUUGAAAGACCACGCUAAAACCCCCGCUCAAAUCCUAGCGGAAGGCAGGGGAAUGAACUUGAAUAUGGCCUGUCCUUUGGCCCUCAUCCUUGCCCCUACCAGAGAGCUGUCUUGUCAGAUACACGAUGAAGCUAAGAAGUUUGCGUACAAGACAGGGGUGAAGAUUGUGGUGGCAUACGGAGGAGCUCCAAUUGUUCAGCAGUUUCGUAAUCUGGAAAGGGGUGUUGACAUCCUAGUUGCCACUCCUGGGCGCCUGGUUGAUAUGAUAGAACGAGCUAGAGUGUCGCUUAGGAAUGUGAAGUUCUUGGCUCUAGAUGAGGCUGAUAGAAUGCUGGAUAUGGGGUUUGAGCCUCAAGUUCGGAGAAUUGUCCAGCAAAUGGAAAUGCCACGUGCAGGUGUCAGGCAGACUAUGCUUUUCAGUGCCACAUUCCCUACUGAGAUACAAAAGCUUGCGUCAGAUUUUCUGUCGAACUACAUCUUUCUAUCUGCUGGAAAAGUUGGAUCCAGCACUGAUCUUAUAGCUCAAAAGGUGCAAUUUGUUGCUGACAUGGACAAGAAGAGUCGGUUGAUGAGCCUACUUAUAUCUCAGAGAUCAAAUGGCUCUCAAGGGAAGCCUAUUUUAACCUUGGUGUUUGUGGAGACUAAGAGAGGAGCAGAUGCUUUGCAGCAAUGGUUAUCCAUGAAAGGAUUUCCUUCCAUUGCUAUACAUGGUGACAAAGUACAACUGGAAAGAGAACGAGCACUGAGAUCUUUUAGGACCGGAGUGACGCCAAUCCUGGUAGCAACAGAUGUGGCAGCUCGAGGCUUGGACAUUCCACAUGUUGCUCAUGUGAUAAAUUAUGACCUGCCUAGAGACAUAGACGACUAUGUGCACAGGAUUGGCCGGACUGGACGUGCUGGUAAAUCUGGACUAGCCACUGCAUUUUUCAGUGAUAAAAAUGCGCCCCUGGCAAAGGCUCUUGUUGAGUUGAUGAUGGAGGCAAACCAAGAAGUUCCUACCUGGCUUUUGGAAUAUGCUGAGACAUACAGCAGCAGCUUCACUCCUCGAGUAAACCGCAGCAGUGGCAUAAAGUUUGGCGGGCAUGAUUAUAGAAGAGGUGCUUCCACCGGUACUGAAAACUAUGACUAUUCAAACCAGAUAGCAGAUCGUAGAGAUGUUCAACCAUAUGGUGCUGGAGCCUCAAGCUCAUAUUCCUGCCAUUCCUCUGAUGCUGGUUAUUCUAGUCCUGCCAGAGCAAAUUCCUUUGGUGAGGGCUUGUACAAUCACAUGUAUGGCUACAACCCUGUUAUCGCCGGGGGUUUAAACUGA